GUAAAAUUAACAUUUUUGUAAAUAAGAAGAACAAACGCGAAAAUAUUUUAGACAAUAACACAGUUGUUUAUUUCAUAAGCAUCCCGUGGAAAAUCCCAUCGGUGUGUCCUUUCUGCCCUUUGUGGCCACGUAGUGUGAUAGAGCAAAGUGCGUAAUCUUUCACAAACGUUCCUGAUGACCUCUCCACAGUCGCCCCAGCAUGGAGCUUCGAAAGAGGCUCCGGCCCGGGGGCGCCGAGGAUGUGAGACUGAUGGGGUGAAUGUAGAGAUCCCGGUAACUGCAGGUGUAACAAUCCAGCAGAAGCAGCAGCAAUUCCAAAUGGAAACAGCAGAACGACCCCCGAAUUUUAGACACUCCCGAGCUUUUAGGAAUUUUAAGAAUCCCCCACAACCACGGAUGUGCAUCCGAGAUACGACAAUUGAUGGCGAGGAGCUCUUCAUCAACGUCAUGAGUUGGUCCCGGAUUGUAAUGCCAUCGAAUCCCAGUGAUCCAAUACCCCUCUACGGUGGAAUGAGGGUACAUUCAGGUAAUCCUCGAUCACCACCCUUGGUGUUUGCUGUAAUGGCCAAUCCGGAUGUACUGAAGGAGACAGGACGCAAUAUGAGCACAGAUGAUCAGGAGCGUCAGGCUCUUUUGGAGCUAAUGUGUGAAUUUGUGGAAGCCAUGAAUCCAGGUCUGAGACUCACGAGAAAACCAAUAGUGGUGAAAGAUCGUGACCUUUCGGGGGAACUUAAGGACAUUUGGGGUGCUGUUCAGGCAAAACGCGAUAUCGAACGUGAGGCAUCAUUCCAAGAGCAGAUUGCUGCAGCAGGGACGAGUGAGUCAAACCUAGUCGUGUACACAGAAUUGGGUCCCGAAACGGCACCCACGUUCAGGAAUAACCAUAAAGAGGCCGACGAGGCCACACCACAAAGUGCAAUUACCAAAGCAUCCGAUAAGCCCAAGUCUCCCGAGGAGGAUUCCCCAAAAAUUGAACUGACUGAAGCAGCGCACAACGAGUUGCCACUGCCACAGGAGACACCGCAAAAUGCCUCAAUAGCUCCAGCAAAGGGAACAGGAAGUGCAGGUGCGAAGCAAGAGAAGAAACUCACGGGCUUCCUCCCCAAUGGGUGUCACAAUUUCUUCAGUAAAAGACGCGAUAAGGCGGCAAGUGGAAAGGAAGGCAAGGAUAAAUCCAAGAAUCGUGCCAGUAUUAAGAAAUCUGGAAAGGAGUCUGCAGAAAGUGGGAAAAGUCUGGAAAAUGAAAUGGCAUCGCUCGAUCUCAAUGGGAUCAGUGAUCAAGAUAGGGAGGGUGUUGUCAUAAAGGACGACACAUUCACGGAUAUUUCGCAAUCUGUGAAAACUGCCACAACGGCAAAAUGAAAUUUCCACUUCCGUUUGAGAAUUUUAAACGGGCGUCACGUGUUUCUUCACAAUUUUCUCCACUCUUUUAAUUGCUUCUCAAAUCUCUUGAAUGUGAAUGAGAAUUAUAUAGAAUUCAUUUUUUUCUGUAUUCUCUAUUCCAGAAAUAUUUCAAAUUUUUGCCAUAAAAAGAAUCUAAGUCCGGGUGGUUUAUUUUCCCCAAAUAUCUCCUCCCACAAUCUCGUGUUAAAUGAAAGAAUCUUUCAAAAAAAAAUCUUAUCACUCUUUUUAAUUUUUAAUCUAUUUUUCAAUGUUAAUUCUAUUUCGCCAUAAUACUUUUAUUUAAUAGAAAAGAGGAAUUUAUCUGGUUUAUUUUUAUGUCAGAGAAAAGUCCAAAUCUUUAAAAAAAAAAAAAGAAACUCCAAGUCAGUCGCAAAAACUUGACUGAAAAUUUCUCCGUUUUAGCAAGAGAAAAUACGAAUCUGCCGUGCAUUUUAAAAUGAGAUACAAAAGAUAUACAACAAUUUAUUGCAAUAAAUCGCAAUUUAUUGAAGUAGUUUUAUGACUUUUGGCCAAAUUUUAGCUGAGAGUUAAUUUAGAAAAAAAAAACAAAUAAAGGAGUUUAGUCACUGA